AUGUUGGAGGGCAAGAUUAGCAUCCACAGAAUACAGCAGGUGGCUCUUUCUGGGUUUCAAAAACAUAGGCAGUUAAGUAUCAAAGAAUCGGAAGUAAUUACCCUAGAAAUCAUCACUCUGCUGUGUGAUGCGUCUUUGGAGAGCGAAGAAGCGGCAAAGUAUCUCGGAAAACUGAUAACACCGGAGACCUACGAUGAUCUUAUCGAUGAAAGAAACUUGAACGGGCUCUGUGGGUACCCUUUGUGCUCUAACUCAACAGAGAGGCGAAGAGAUCCUUUCAGUAUGAAUCAAACGACAAAGCUGUUUAUGUCUGAGAACAACCCUUACAAUUACCUGUCCAAGUUCUGCGGCAAACUACACUCCAAUUGCUCACAGUUCUAUCAGCUACAGUUAUCGGAUGAUCCGUUGUUCACCAGGGUAGGGAUACAUUUGAUCGAGGACACGAUGAAGAACGUUGAGCAAGAGGAAAAGUACGGUAUUACACUGUUGGAAGAGGUGAUAAGACGCGAAUCUACAGAGGACGAGAUAAAAUUUAUAAUAUCGGGGAUAAAACAGCUUGACAUAAAGACGAAGAAGAGCGAAAAUGGGGAUACACCUACUCCUGAUGAAUUAUCCAAAUGGUUACAAGAAAUAACGAUUGUGGAGAACAUAAAUCCUUCCAUUCCGGGUGAUUUAUCUAAAUAG